CAGCACAGGAUCCAUUCCGUCCAAUAAGCAAUAUGCAAAUUCCCACGACAUUGAAUAAUUUUCAAGAAUCAGCCAGUUCACAAAGUAUUGAUAAUUCAACAACUAGCGAUCAGGUCAAUUCUGCACAAAAUUAUAAUAAUAGUGUGCAUGAUAAUACUUUAGAAAUUGCCGUUAAUAUGCCUCACUCCGUAUGCCGACGUAAUACUACAAGGAUUCAGAAUAAAUGUCGUACUCCUACUAAAGCU